AUGGUUUCUUCACGUCCCCUGCCAGUAGAAGUAGUAGAAAACAUCAUUAGUUUCCUCUGUAUUAUCUAUCCAUCAACAACUACUGAGCCAUCAAAUGGCGCAGACCAAUCAUUCUUGAUUCACUCUUCAAUAGUACAUUUGCUUCAACUAAGACUGCUCGCUAGAUCUUGGGCUGCAGCUAUUCCACGAUUUGUCUACAGCUCCUUAUGUUUAAGAACACCAAAUUUCAAUCGUUAUCUUGUCAAUAUGUGGAUUAACUGUUUGAACAUCUCGAACCUCACGAACUUACGUCGACUGUGCUUGAAUCAAGUUCUCUUUAUCCCAGCUUCGAAAGCAACCGGGUAUCACAUGGCUUUAUCAGAUGAGCUCAGCUUAACUGUGGAUACCAUUCCAAACGAUCUUCCUCGUCGGCUCUCGAUCCACGCCCUUCUCAAACUUCGAAUUGUACGCUGCAAGCAUAUCGAUCCUUCACGUGAUCUUCCGAUUUGGUUUGAGUGGUCGCUCUUUCAUACUAUUGAAGUUCUCAUUAUAAAUUAUUGCGGCAGUAGAAGUCAUUGGGAGAGAGUUUUAUUGAUACGUGGGGGACCUCACUUGAAAGAAGCGAAGAAAUUGAAACACUUCAUCUUUAUAACAGGAAGUGGUGACCCAAUUGAAGACCGAUCUUAUGAAGCACUGAAUGAGGCCAAGAGACGUAAAUGA